AUGCGCUUUACGAUCUUCGCAGUUGCUGCAGCCCUCUCAUUCUGCGCCGCAAUCAAGUUGCCUGUCUAUCGACGGGAGCAUGCAGCGGUCGCAAGUCUCGGCAAGCGCCGUCUCCAUCACCACGUGUCGGACAAGCAUUACCGAUGGCCCAUUCCCAUCAUUGGUGGUUCGAACCUUUUCGCAAACGUAUCAAUCGGAGACGUGGACUAUGGCUACUGCUCGCUCGACACUGGUUCGCCGGCCACCCUUAUCCAGCACUAUGCCAUGGGGCCAAAUGCAAAGAACCUGACGACGCCUUACGCUACAGUCUUUGCGGACUUUUCGGUCUUCUUGGGUAACAUGUACGAAGACAAGUUCACGCUUUCAGGCAGCGGUCUGUCUUUCGACUUCAAAUUCGCUGGACAGAUCGUACCAGGCGGCCCGGUCUCAGACGAUAUCAAUGGCAUUAUCGGUCUCAGUCCACAGGCCACUCAAGAUGAAUUCUUCGAAGAGACUGCCCACCUCAAACCGGGCACAUACCUCAACUUGAUGGCGCAACUCACCGCAAAGAAGCUGAUCGCUGCCGACAUCAUCUCGAUGUACUUCCAACCAAGAGACACGUCCAGGACGUUGGGCACAGACGCUGGUGCCCUUGAGAUCGGUGGGAUCAACUAUGCGCUUCACAAGUCCGAUGUGGUUUACGAGGACAUGCUCGGGCCAUGGCAUAACCAUGUCAGCAAUGAUGAUAUUCAGUACUGGGCUCUGAAGGUAGCCAUCCCUUCGGUUGGAAUCGAAGCGUCGGAUCCAGUCGCAUCAUUCACCGCCAUCGACACUGGAUCAUCCCAGCUGUUGCUUCAAAAGCCCGCCUACACAAAAUGGUACAAAACGAUCCCAGGGGUCUUCACGGACAAUACCUAUGGAGUGGUCGGUUUCCCGAACAGCUCGAUCCCGCACGUGCCUAACCUUGACUUCGUCGUCAAUGGCGUCACAUUCAAACUGCCCGGAAGCGAGCUCCUUCUGCCCGGAAGUUAUGUCAAUGAGCUCGGACUUGACCCCAAAUACAGCUAUUCAUACGUCGCGGAAACGCUUCUGCCAGGCCUCAACGUGUUUGGCUCCUUCUUCCUUGAGCGCUUCGCCGUCAUUCUCGACGGCGACAAGAAGCGUAUCGGCUUUGCAAAGACAGCGUACUCGCCAGCCUGA